CAGGGGCCCCAAGCACGGCUCCCCACCCUGAAGACAAGCAGAGGCUGAAAACCCAACACAGGAGGCCGCCCGGACCUCCCCAACACCCCGGCAAACCUACGAACCGGACCGCUCGACGAGCCGCGGAGAGCCGCGCACAAACUCGCGGCGACACGCAAAAGUUAGCUUAAGUAGUUCAGGCCAGCAGAGCGGCGGCGAGGGCACGCGAGCAGACACACACACACAGCGGCUACUAACGCAACACACACUCUCACAAUCUCUCUCUCACACACACUCUAAUGUAAUAUGGGCGAGCGCGGCUUCCUCGUGCUUUUACAAGCGUUCGCCGCGUGCCUCCGCGAAUCCGCGCGCUCGUGACAGCCCCGCGCGGGAGCCGAGCGGAGAGGGCCGAGCUGGAGCAGCGCCGAGGCGGGCAUGGAGGAGGAGAAAGAGCCCCAGGAGCCGGAGCCCCGGCGCACAGCGGCUCACACACAGGCGCUCUCAUUAAUAAUAAGAGCCGUGGAGGGGGAGGCGACACCGGGGGAGCCCUCGGCAGGCGAAGACGACAUGACCAAUGGACACAUUGGAGAUGACGGUCAAGUCGGACUUGUCACUCCUGGAACAAGUUACUGGAGCAUCUCUGAAAGCCCCAACUCCCCCUUCCUCCUGUCCCCUGUCCCUGGGCCAUCCGGACAGAAGCCCACCCCAGCUAAACCUGAGCGGGCUUCUCGUCCCGGACAUAGCCGCAUCCCUGGCCGAGACCACCGCCGCUACUACCAUGAGUACUGGCGGAGUGAAUAUUUGAUGGACUUUGACCCCAGAAGGCAUGGUAUGAUUUGCAUGGUGUGUGGGAGUUCUUUAGCCACGCUAAAACUGAGCACCAUUAAAAGGCACAUCAAGCAAAAGCAUCCCGACUCCUUGCUCUGGAGCGCGUCUGAUAAGGAGGUGAUCCGCUCAGGCUGGGAGAGCCAUCUGAACCUGGAAAAAAGCCAGAAACCUUUCUGCACAGACUCAGCCGUUGCUACAGAGCCGGAGGAGACGCUUGACUGUGCGAAACUCUCUACAGGUUUGGGCAAGCCCAUCAGUGAUGAGACGAGUAAACCCAGGUCCAGGCCCAGACCCAAGUCUAAGUUCAAGCCCCAGCCUCAACCCCAGCCCGAGCCCGAGCUUGAGCCUGAGCACGAGCCUGAGCCCGAGCCUGAGCCAAAAGUCACCAAAGCGAGUGCCUCUCCACCAGCCCCAUCAGUCCAGGAGCCUCAGGGUCCAUCUGCACAGAUUCUGGAGCGUUACCUGAACGACUCGCUGCAUGCAUGGUUCCGGCAGGAGUUCCUGAUGGAGUACCAGGCGGAGGCGGGCCGGCUGGUUUGCAUGGUUUGCAGCUGCCCACUGCCAUCGCUUCACCUGGACCACAUCAAGAGCCAUGUGCUGGAGCUGCACCCAGACUCGCUGGUGUACAGUUCAGAGGAGAAGCACUGCAUCCUGCAGACAUGGGCCCAAACUCAUGAAUCAGACUCUGCUAGAGACUAUUUCAAAUCAGAGCCAGACACCAAAGAUCCGACAGUGGACAACACAGUCCAGUUCUUCCCCUCGGAAAUGGACCCUCUCCCGGACCACUCAGAGCCGUAUGCAGGAGGAGAAGGAGAACCACCAGGUGCUGCUCAAAACCCAAACAUGCUGCCUCAUCAGUUUCCCAAUAGGAGACUGAAGAACGGGUGCCCCUGGCGCCUGCGUUUGGACUACCUGGUUGCACUCGGACCUUCGAGCAGUCCAGGCUGCUACUGCAUGGUGUGUUCUGAACAGCUGCCGCUGGCUAGAGUGAGUAGUUUUCGUAGGCACAUCCAGGAACGCCACCCCGAGACCGCAAAUCUCAGCCGCAGAGAGAGAGAAGAUAUAGCCAGCGCCUGGACAGGGGAAGGAGACCCAGAGGAGUCAGCCAUGCAGACAGAACAGGCCACACCCAUCGAUAUCACUGCUGGAUCACUGCCUGCAAACACACAGACGCCAUCCACCAAACCCAGCAAGCAGAGCACCAUCAAGACAGAAGAUAAAGAGAGGAAGGUGACGCCUUCUACACCGCACAGACAAACUCACUAUCCAGGCAAAGACCAGAGGCGCAACUACCAGGUGCGCUGGCGCAUGGAGUAUCUCAUGGACUACGACUGCAGGAGACAUGGACUAAUCUGCAUGGUGUGUGGAGCCACGUUAGCCACGCUGAAGGUCAGCACAAUCAAGAGACACAUCCAGCAGGUGCACCCUCGCUCGCUGGACUACAGCACGGAGGAGAAGCAGCAGGCUCUGCAGAGCUACAACCAGACCGCCCUGCACUUCGUCCACUCCGAUGACUGUUUCUCAUCUUCGGAUCACAGCCAUGGAGCGCAUGCUAGCGCUAAAGCUGAAGUCGAACAGACUGUAUGUUAUAGCACUUAACUGAACAUUAGUGGGGUGUGGCAUGUUUUCUUUCGCUCAGGAAGUUGAUUAUUGGAACAAGCCAAAAAAAUAUCUCCACAGCUUUUUUUUGUUAUUAUUUUAGGGGGAAGGGGUUUAAGUUUUAAAAAAACUUAAUUUGCACUUUUUUUCACAGCAAAUCGUUCUGUGAAAAAGGUCAUUUGACCAAGCAGUGAUCACCUGUUAAACACAAGUGGCAGCGCAUGCCCUGCUAACGUAAAUCCAGCUUCAAGAUGGAGAAUUGUAAAUGUGCUUCCUUCAGAGAAAUAACAUCAGUGGGAUGGAUUUGAGUGAAGGUUUUUUUCUUGUUUCUAAGCACCUUUAUAAAGCAUCCUCAUUUGUACAGUGCAGUCUAUGGCAAGACUGUUAUUGCUGCAGAAUUACAGGGGUUAACGUGCUGAACUUUGCAUUGAAUUGGUUUGCAUGGGCUUAGCAUUGCAAUGGGCCACACAUUCUGCACUUAAGAAAGCACUGGGUACGGAUGCUGGGGGACCAUUAUGGGCCAUGGACCUUAUGGCACCUUAUGAGGCACACGCUGUGUGCAAAGUGUCAGUUAGAUUUCAGUGAACUUCUCAAAACCCUUUCAUUGUACCAUAUUUUUUACACUUUAGCAAAUUCACGAAUGACAAAUGAUGACAUUUAUGUUGAAAUACUACCUUUUAAUUAGGUAGGGCUGCACAAUACAGACAACAUUGCAAUUACAUAUUGUGAUUGAUUGUAAUACUCCAGUAUAUUACAAUAUAUCAAAGUCAAUAUAUGAAAUCAAAGUGUAACUGUACAUUACUUUUGUAAUCUAUGGUCAUAUUAAGAACAGUUGGGUUUCUCCGUUAAAUUUAAAAUCUAAUUGCAGUGAACUUUAACCACCUCUAAACAUCACUGUGUAUCAGAGCAUAGAAAAUUUAUAUUUAACCAAUAAUGUCAGAGCAUGUUUUUCCUCAACCUCAUCUACAGUCCCCUUUAAAAUGAUUGGAACGGUGAGGCCAGUCCCAUUAUUUCUGCUGUAGACUGAAAACAUUUGGGAUUGACAUUUUAAAGAUGAAUAUGAAACAAUAGAUUAACAAUUUAGCUGUUAUUUCAAGGUAUUUACAUCUGGAUCUGAUUCACAGUUCAGAAGAUAGCACCUCCUGUCUGAACCCACCCAUUUUUCUUGUGAGCAAAAGUAUAAAACAGGUAAACUUAAAGUAAAUUAAAGUGCCCUCUGUAGGUUGUUACUGAUUUCACUAACAGUUGUUUAAGUUUUUUUUUUUUACAACACAAUGUUUCUGUUAUCAACUGGUGUGUUUUUUUUCUUGGUCUACCUGUUAUUUAGUACACCAGUGAUGACUUUCUUCUUCAGGACUUUUUCCAAACAUUUCUCAGCUUCAUAGUUAAAGUUUUUUUUACCUAUAGACAGCUCUCUGGUUUAUACAUUCUCAGUCUACACAUAACCCAAAUCUGAAACUAUGAAGCUAUGUGUAUUUUUGAAUAAUAAUGUAUUUGUUUUUGGGAAACAAAACAUACCUGGCAGUCACAUGUUCCAGUACUUUUGCUCACAAGAAAAAAUGGGUGGGUUAAGCCAGAAGGUGCUAUCUUCUGAACUGUGAAUCAGAUCCAGAUUUAAAAACCUGAAAAAGAAGAACAGAAAUGUUGAUCUUUUGUCUCCUUUUUUAUGUCAAAGUCAAAGUUUUUAUUCUAGAGCAGAAAUAAUGGGAUUGACCUCACUGUUCCUAUACGUUUGGAGGGCACUGUAUAAUGAAGCAGCAUUUGUGAUCUCCUAAAUUUUGGGAUAGCUCUUUCCUCGUCCUGUUUUGCCCAACUCCUAAUUCUGGUGCUGGUGGAGGUGUUGGAGGCAGCUCUGGGCCGUUUCCUAAAGUAAGUUUAGCAUUAAAAACAUCUUAACACGGAGAUAAAGUGCUCAGUGUAAUGGACACUCAACCAUCCAAGAAUCAUCUUAGUACUAAUACUCUUUUGAGAAACCUAACCCAGUUUGUUAGAACAUGCCUGGUUCUAACAGUACAAUUAAAUCCUAAUGGACAGAUUUAUGCUCUGCCCAUUAUUUUUUUCCUACCUAUAUGUCCUGUUUCACCAAGAAAUUAUUUGAUUUAAGAAGAAAAUAUGAUUUCUUAUUUUAUGUUGAUUUGUAACAUGGGUAAAAUUGGCUUGCUUUUUUUCUCUUAUCAAUCCAUUGAUUCAUCUAAAUGUGGACAGAAACACUGAUUGGUCAACAUGCUCACAGAAACCUUGCUGUGAUUGGUUAGAGGUCUGUUUACUAUGUCAGCACUGCAAAGCCCCAUAUCACAAUAAUGAUUAACAGACUGUAUAUUGUGCAGCCCUAGCAUGAGGUUUCCUAAAGAAAGGUAUUUGAAAGUCUUGAUUACUUUAAAUAUAGGAGGAAAAGCCCAUUGCUGGCUUAACUGAAAUGAGGGACUUGAGUCCAUGUCUCAGGGAGUGUGUGUGUUUUACGUAGGUUGCAUGUUUUUGGUGGCAUGACCACAAACUACAACAUACUUCAGAUUUAGCUGAUUUAAAAUUAAUUUGCAGCUUAAAGAAAGGCAAAGUAGCUAAAUGAGCCAAGACAAGCAAGCAGCUUUUCCCCACCACCCCCAAGACCCUCCUUUUCAAGUCAUGUUCAUACUUAAACAAAUAGUUCAGUGAAAAAUAAAAAAAUUAACAUGACUUAUCGCUGACACCAGUCGAUCAAACAAGACCUUCAAAAAUGUGAUGAGCUUCUUUAGUUUAGAACAGUGGAUUUUGGCUAGAAGCUAUGCUAGCUAAUGUUGCUAACGAACAGUAAACUUAGACUGUUACAAACCUCAAAUUGGUGAUUAGCUACAUGCUAAAAUCUUAAUUUAUUUGCAUCU